AAAACUGGUUCAUUUAUAGUUAUAGUUCUUGUUCUCGGUGUAAACGGCUUUUCAAAAAAUUUGCGUCGACUUUGAGAGUCCACUUAAUGUACUUAAGCCAGGUCAGCAGUUGAACGCGGAUGAUAAAUGAGGCUGUUUACUGUCCUCCGGUCAUGCUUUGAGAUGCUGCAGCCUUAAUUGCAUUACCUAACUGGCCUGAGUACUUGCUCAUGUCUGUUAUUAGAAGUUCACCAGUCAACCAUCUCACCAGACAACCCAAGUCUAAUUCACCAAAGCACUUGGUGAAUAAAUUAAUAUACCAGAACUGAAAGAAUGAGAUUAUACUUAAGGAGCCAGGCAGAAACGUGAUGUCUUAGUUAGUGUGAUUUAUGACCAGAGGUGCCCCAUAAGCUCAAUUCAUGCGAAUUAUGCAUAGAGUGAAUCAGCUGCAGUGGGAGUCUGACUCGUUUUUGGCCUCGUAAUUAGCAGAGAGUGAAUCAGCUGCAGUGGGAGUCUGACUUGUUUUUGGCCUCAUAAUUAGCAGAUGGUGAGUAUGGAUGCAUAAAAUUUUCAUUCAUGAAUGUGAGACUGCGAAUGAGCUCAUUUUCUUGCAGCAAAUGGAAGAGAUUCGGUGCGCCAUCUGAUGUUACCAUCUUCUUGCUGGCACGUGCCUGUCCUCAUCUCAACUAAACCAUGGGGUCAUUACGAAAGCCCAGGCCCCGUUUCAUGAGCUCGCCUGUGCUGUCCGACCUUGCCCGCUUUCAUGCCAGCUCGCCAACACUGCAGCUGUCCAACGCUAGUGUUUGGAACAGUGUACAAACGGCUGUAAUUAAAGUCUUUCAAGGUGGGGGGCUACAGGCCAAUGAGCUCUACACCCUGAACGAAAGCAUAAGGUGGCUUUUGAGGACUGAGCUGGGAUCAUUUAUCACUGAAUACUUUCAGGAUCAGCUCUUGAAUAAGGGUCUGACGUAUAUUUUGGAGAAGAUUCAGCUUCAUAAUGAUGAAACUCGUCUCCAAGCGCUGUCUGAGAUGUGGGUGAGGUUUUUCACAGACAUCCUGCCAACUCUUCAAGCUAUUUUCUACCCCGUGCAGGGUCAGGAGUUGACUGUGAGGCAGAUGGCUCUGCUAGGCUUCAGGAACAUGGUUCUGUUGAAACUUCCUGUGGAGAAAAUGUUUCAGGGCUCCUCAUAUCCUCCUCCAAUCACACAGAUGCUGCUGAUCCUGCAGGGCAUACAUGAACCUAAUGGACCUACGCAAGAGUAUUUCCGGCUCGGGGGGGGGGGGGGUGUUUCAGCGUUAAAUCUAAUCAGCGUCAUAAUCGCUUCCCCCACAGAGGAUCAUCUGGAAGGCCUGAGGUUGGUUGCCACUCCACACCUCAGUCAACCUGAGAUUAUGGUGACACAUUUUGGCCACGAGUCUUUCCUGGCACCUCUGAUCGAACACGAGGGUGAAGCCUAUUUGGAAAGGACCGGUGGUGUCCGACGUCACACAGUGGCCAAUGUGCAUUCGGACAUCCAGCUCCUGUCCAUGAAAAACAGGAUGUGUUCAGAAAAAGUGGAGGUCAGUGGGGCGGCCAGGAUGACCAAGACAGAGAGCAAAAGGACACCUAAGACUUUCUGCAGUGAACCGGCCUUUUUUGACUCCCGGCCAGGUGGCGUGGAAAUCCUCCGAGGGCAAAGCACUGCAGAGAUGAAGUGUGGCCUAACUAGUUAAAAAAAGCCUCUCUCAAAACGCCCACUGAGAUCUUGUAAAGUUACGAUAACUGAGACAAGCUACAACGUGCUCGCUUAAUACAAUAUGGACUCUACUGCUGUGGAAAUGUGAGCUGUUUUGUGUGCUAAAUACUGUUUGGCCUGUCAGUGUAGCCUGUUUUUAAGAGCUUGGAGGGAGGAGGAUGGUUGAAGAAGCUUUCGCUUCAGCCGUUUCUUGUAAAGCACGCCAAAAGUCACACUUUUUUCUGUCGUGGAGGUGGUAAAGCGGUGUGAAAGUAUGCUGGUGAGCAAACGGUUUACAAAGGUACAGCAGAAACCAUACGAGACAAACUAAAGGCACUUCCUUACAGUUAAUGUCUUUACAUUCUCUUUCUUAAGCGGUCUUACCGUUUCAUUUCUUUGUAGUGGAAACUAAACAUGCUGACAUGAAGAAAAAUACGAUUUUUAGUCUUUUAUGAAUGUUUUGUUUUAUUUUAUGAAAUUGUAAUAUUUA